GUGGACAUCAUGGACAUCUGUGAGUCGAUCCUGGAGCGGAAGCGGCAUGACAGCGAGAGGUCCACGGGCGGCGUCUGGGGACAGACGGACAUCGAAGCCGUGGAGGCCCUGGUCUGCAUGAGCGCCUGGGGCCAAAGGUCCCAGGACGGGGACCUGGUAAAGGUCAGGCCCCUCACACCCGUCUCGGACGCUGGGGACGUCCCCACCGCGGUGCGCGUGCACACGGCCACACCCGAGCUACCAAAGGACUUCCACUCUCUGUCCACCCUGUGCAUGACGCCUCCUCAGAGCCCGGAUCUUGUGGAGCCAUCCGCCCGGACACCUGUUCCUUCCCAAGCAUGCGCAGUCAUGGCCGUCCCGCCAUCCUCUGCUGCGGCAGCCAGAGUGCUGGGCAGGGCUGCGGAGGGGGGCUUGCCAGGCCUGCGGCCAGAACCUGCGGAGCCCGCCCCUGGCGUCCCCUGCAGAGCCGUGGUGACGAGCGUGAUCCGCCACACUGGAGAGAGCCCUGCCCCUGCGCACUGCGCCGCGCACGCCCGAGAACAGCAGCUUUCCCACAGGAGACAAGGAGGGGCACAGCCUCUGGGACAUUUGGAGGCUUUGCAAGACCCCGGCCUCGCCGGCACUCCGCUCAGCCCUACCUCGGCGUCCUGCGAGCCUCGCUUGCACAAGUCCGGUGGCUCCCUGGCCACCGGCGGAGGCCAGCAGGCAGGGUGCUCACCAAAGAAUCCGGAAAAUGACUUGCCACGGAAAGCCACGCCUGUGGUUGCCGUCUCUGUCCCCAGCCCCCCUGUCCUUUGCCAGAUGGUCCCUGUGACGGGACCGAGUGGCACGUUCUCAGCUUUUCUGAACCCCGCCCCGCAGUUGUCUUCGGGGACUGUCAAGCCCAUCCUCCCCCAGGCGGCCCCCGCGCCCCCGCCCGUGUUCGUGGGCCCGCCCGUGCCUCAGGGAGCCGUGAUGCUGGUCCUGCCCCCGGGCGCCCUGCCCCAGCCCGCCUCCUGCACGUCCAGCGUCGUGGCUGUCGGCAGCACCAAGCUGCUGCCUCUCGCGCCCGCCCCAGUGUUCAUCACCUCCAGCCAAAACUGCGCCCCUCAGGUAGACUUUUCUCGAAGGAGGAACUACGUGUGCAACUUCCCAGGCUGCCGGAAGACCUACUUCAAAAGUUCCCACCUCAAGGCUCAUCUGCGCACUCACACAGGGGAGAAGCCGUUCGCCUGCAGCUGGGACGGCUGUGAGAAGAAGUUCGCCCGCUCCGACGAGCUGUCCCGCCACCGCAGGACCCACACGGGAGAGAAGAAGUUCGUGUGCCCCGUGUGUGAGCGGCGCUUCAUGCGCAGCGACCACCUGACGAAGCACGCCCGGCGCCACAUGACCGCCAAGAAGGCCCCCGGCUGGCAGGCCGAGGUCGGCAGACUGAACAGAGUCGCCGCGGCAGAGAGCCCCGCGAGCCCGGGAGCCCCCACGCCCGUGCCGGCCUCCGCCUGAGGGUCGGGCUCCUGUCCCCAGAGGAGGCCCUGGACUGCGGGAGGACGGGGGGCUGGUUCUCUGGAGCGUGCGUCAACGUUGCUUUUCUGGGUGAGACCCUGUUCAGUAUCUUUUGUAGUUUCUGAAGGUUUUUUUUUUUUUUUUUUUUUAAGGAAAUGGAAGAAAAUUUUAUAAUUUAAGUCACCAGCAUUCAGACAAACAUUUCGGCAAUAAAGUUUACAAAAUCUGGAUUUUUACAACCUUUCUAUUCAUGUUUUGUAGAAGCGAGACAGGGUACUAAUUUUAUACUGCUUUUUAUAAAAAUAUUUAUAUUGUUGGUGCUCAAAUUACCAGUUCCUAGGUAGAUGAUUUUACAGCCUUGUUUUCAGUGUUUAAUAAGAAGUUUUUGUAAUGACCCUGCUUUUUAGUAAACUCGGCACAUUAUUCAAAAAAAAAGGUUGUUACUGGGCUUUCUAGAUCGAAGAGUUGUUGGAAUCAGAACUGAUUGAAUAAAAAAUUGCAUUCAGUUUCCCAUAAUCUUUCCAAGCGGAAUUCCAGGCGGCCAUGCCUGGUGACCAGACCCGGGCCCCUGUGGCUCCCAAGGACGUGCUGGGCAGGCUGCCCGCGAGCCGCUGGCCUGCACCCGAGGCUCUCGGCGUGCGUGCGUGCGCCUCCUGGGCCCGCGCCGUGUCCUGUUAGUACCUGGGGUGCCACAAAGAGGAUGGCGACCCUGAAACCCAGCUGCUCCGUUGAUCAUCAGCUGACUUCCUUCAGCGUGGCCUUACCUGUCCCGGAUCAUGCGUGGCGGAGAACGAGGAAGCGUGUGUGCCGCCGGGUGAACUCUCCGCGGAGGGCGCCCGCUGAGAUGAGCGGGCAGACAGCUCUGAGGCUCUGGCGCCUCUGUUCAGCGGGAGAAACUGUGGGAAGGAGGCUGUAGCAGUGGCUGCCCUGCGUUCUCUGUGAGGGAGGCGGGUCAGACGGAACACCGCUCGGCGUGGGCUGUUCUGCAGCCCCCCAGAAGGGAGGCCCUGGGCGCCGCUGUGCAGGUGUCUGAGCGCGUGCCCUGGAAAUACCAGGCUGGCCUCCCCGGGGCCGCCGACCCGGCUGUCGCUGCACAGUGGGCUUUCUGGCAACAGAGCAAAUGCAGAAACAUCGGGAACGUUGCCCUGCCUCGGCGGCCUGAGGGUGCUGUGUGCCGUGCUGAGCUUCCACCUGGACUGUUGAGUCACUGGGCUUCGUGUUCAGGUCUCCGCGGUCUGAUCCCGCCCUCUCCACGCCCCGCGUGUUAUUGCCCCUCUAAUAGCAGCUGCUCUGAGAUGCCCGUGCGUGGGUGGGUGUGUUCUGGGAGUCCACGUUUCUGGUUGCAUGUCCUGUUGUCUGAGACGCGCACAGUUGCAGGCGCCCCGUGACUGUACAUAGCUCGUGUUUGCCCUGCUGCCCCAAGCCUUUGUCCGACUCCUUAAAAGUCAGCAUAAACGUCUUUGACAACGCGUAUGUCACAAGUGGCGUUAAAUUUGAUGCCUUGCUGUGUGCGGUCAGUCCUGGUGUCCUGGUGGAUAACUCACGGUCUGAGUGGCUGCCUGUCGCAUAGACGUCAUCCCGGCCGGUGUUGUCUCUGCAUUCUGUGGGAUGGUUUUGACGUAAGCUCCGUUUCCUGAGGAGACUCAGUGACGUCUGUGUCCCUGUCACUAUGUCACUGUCCUUGCCCCCCCCCGCACCCCCGUUUGUCUGUGGAAAGAGUCUGAGUUGGAAAGCGGUUCCUGGCUGAAGGUAUUCUUCUGCGAACCAGAGCCCCGUCGUGCGGCCGGCGCCUCGGCUGCGGGCCGUGGGGGCUGGAGCCGGGCGCCACAGGCGGUCCCCCUCAUGCACUUUAUCGCGGGAGCAAUUGUGCUGAUCGUUUUUGACUUUGAGCCUUUUAAUUGGUUUCGAUACUAAAGUGUAGACUUCCAUAAUUACGUUUUAUGUAACAGGCUUAUUAUUUAAAUGGGUAUGUGUAAUGUCACUUUUUUCUUGGAAUCAUAUAAAACUUCUUUGAUUUGCAAACUGGA